AUGACUCGGUCAUGUCAGCUGGGUUCUGCAGGGUCUCCUCCGGGUUCCGCGGGGUCUCCUCCGUGUUCGGGCAGCGCAGGUUCGGUUCGAGACUUUCCGCAGGACAUCAAGGACGAGUUUACCGAGCUGCUGCGGGUGUCUCUCUGUCGGUGGCGGUCAGACGGACGGGUCGCAGCAUGGCUGUAUGUUCCCAUCGCUCUCAGCAGACUGUCUGCGGCGGCGGCGCGUCUCGGCUUCGGCUUCCAUCACGCUCGGAGAGACGCGGCCGUUCUCAGCCUGUGGCUCGGACCGGGAGAGGACAGACUGCCUGCGUUCGCCACACAUCAAGUAGGAGUCGCUGGUGCUGUUGUGGACGAAUCCAACGGCAAAGUACUUGUUGUUCAGGACAGAAAUAAGACGAAGAAUGCUUGGAAGUUUCCCGGUGGUCUGUCAGAUCUUGGAGAAAACAUCGACGAGACGGCCAUCCGGGAGGUUUUUGAAGAAACCGGAGUCCGAUCCCAGUUCCGAUCUCUCCUCAGUAUCCGUCAGCAGCACAAGCUCCCGGGAGCGUUCGGGAUGUCCGACAUGUACCUGAUCUGCAGACUCAGCCCGCUCUCCCACCAUAUCAACCUCUGCACUCAAGAGUGUCUGUGCUGCGAAUGGCUCGAUCUGUCUGAACUCGCCGAGACCAGCGAGACCACGCCGAUCACGAGCCGCAUCGCCACACUUCUGCUGUACGGACUGAACAACGGUUUCCACAACAUCGACCUCACAAUGAAGCAGCUGCCGGCCGUAUAUUGCGGCUCGUUCUAUCAGCUGUACCACAGACGACUGCCAGAGGUGUAGAGACGUUAUAGAGCAGCACUACACUGCACUAAAUCAUGUGUUUUGUUUUCUAGUACAAAUAUCUAAACCUUCCUAAA